UGUAGACCCAAUGCCGUCUAGCAACACAGGAAUGCUGUGCUGCACUUCAAGCAUUAAAUAGCUUUGUGUUGGCUCACUUGCUUACAGAGCGAACGGAGUUAAAGUGGCAUGGCUUUGUCACCCAAGGACACGGGAAGGAGGACUUGUAUCACCGUUCGCCUGUCUGGUGGUAUGGCCAAAUUAACAUAAAACAAUGGCUAUGGCACCAGUUGUGAAUGGUGAAGACACAGCGAUCACGCAUGCUCCUAUGUACAACGAACCAUCAUGUCUGAUGUGCUUCAAAACAUCGCCUUCAUUGGCGCGACUGGGAACUUGGGACGACACACUCUGAAGGCUCUGGUAGAUCAAGCUAAGCAGAACAUUACCUUAAUAUCCAGGUCCAAGCCAAAAGACAUCCCGACAUCAGACAAUAUCAAAAUCCAUGUCGGCCAAUACGACGAUGAAGUCUUUCUGCAACAAGCAUUGGCUGGGCAGGAUUUGCUCAUCAUCAUGCUUGCGUUUACUGGCCUGGGAGUUCAGGACAAGCUCGUGGAAGUAGCUGCUCGUGCUGGAGUCAAAUACAUCAUGCCUUCCACGUACGGCAUGGAUAUGAGCAACCCAAAGCUUUACAACACCAUGCCCUUGGCCAAGAAGUCUGCUGCUAUGAAUGACAAGAUCAAACAGCUGGGAAUGAAACCAAUUGGGGUCGUUACGAAUCUAUGGAUUGACUAUUCUAUCGAGUUCGGCUUGGCUGGCUUUGACGUCGAGAAGCGACAAGCUACGAUAUACUCGGACAGUGGUCACUUCUGUACCUCUUCGCUGGCCCAAGUCGGUCGAGGCAUCGCGGCGAUGCUAGCCUUGCCUAGAAGCACAAUCGACGAGCGUUUCGCCGACAAUGACCUCUACAUCACGUCCUUCCGCAUCACUCACCAAGAGUGGUUCGAUGCCAUCUUGAAGGCCACCAACACCACAGAGGCUGACUGGAACGUUGAGCGCAAGUCAACUGACGUGCUUCUCGAAGAUGGCAAUGCGAUGCUCGCGAAGGGAGACCGUUCUGGCAUGCUUGAUCUGAUUUACUAUUGUACUUUCAAGAAGGAUCUGGGAGGUGAUUACGCUGGUCGCUUAGACAAUGAUUUUCUUGAACUUCCAGAAGAGGAUAUUGUGGAGGUGAUUCGUACGCAGCUGGCGAAACCCGGGCAGGGGAAGCCGGACUUUGUGUGAUCAAAUCAUAGGCCAAACGGUGUAUGGAAAUGACGCCCCGAAGCGUUCUUUUGUGGACUGUG